ACCACGGCGAAGCGCGGGGCGCCCCGAGGACCCCCGCGACCCGGCGGGUGCCCCGACCGGGCCACCCCGCCGCGGGAGGCGGUCGCGCUCGGGCGCCCGGGGCGCCGCCACCGAUGCCCGUGUGGUGCUGCCGCUGCUCCCUGGCCGCUCAUUUCAGAAACUACAGUGACACUGAAACUGAAGGAGAGAUUUUUAAUUCAUUAGUGCAAUAUUUUGGUGAUAAUUUGGGGCAAAAAGUUAAAGCUAUGCCAUUAGUUGAAGAAACUUCUUUACUUGAAGAUUCAUCAGUGACUUUGCCUGUGGUAGUAAUAGGAAAUGGACCCUCAGGAAUCUGCCUUUCUUACAUGCUGUCAGGCUACAGACCGUAUUUAUCAUCAGAAGCAAUCCAUCCAAAUACAAUCUUACAUAGUAAAUUAGAGGAAGCAAGACAUCUUUCCAUUGUUGAUCAGGACUUAGAAUAUUUGUCUGAGGGCCUUGAGGGCCGAUCAUCCAAUCCAGUUGCAGUACUUUUCGACACACUUCUUCAUCCAGAUGCUGACUUUGGGUAUGAUUAUCCAUCCGUUUUGCAUUGGAAAUUAGAACAGCAUCAUUAUAUCCCUCACUUAGUUCUUGGUAAAGGUCCACCUGGUGGAGCUUGGCACAAUAUGGAAGGCUCAAUGUUGACAAUCAGCUUUGGAAAUUGGAUGGAACUACCUGGACUUAAAUUUAAAGACUGGGUAUCUAGCAAACGGAGGAACCUAAAAGGGGAUCGAGUUAUGCCAGAGGAAAUAGCUCGCUACUAUAAACACUAUGUCAAAGUCAUGGGUCUUCAGAAGAAUUUCAGAGAGAAUACUUACAUUACCUCUGUAUCAAGACUCUACAGAGAUCAAGUUGAUAAUGAUGGUCAAGGCCGAAAUAUCUCAACACAGCAUUUACAGAUAGAGAAGUCAAAAUUUGCCAAGAGAAACUGGGAAAUCAGGGGUUAUCAGCGAGUAGGAGAUGGUUCUCAUAUUCCCUUCUGUCUCUUUGCUGAAAAUGUAGCUCUGGCAACUGGAACAUUAGACUCUCCUGGCCGUCUGGAAAUCGAAGGGGAAGAUUUUCCUUUUGUGUUUCAUUCAAUGCCUGAAUUUGGAGCUGCUGUAAGCAAAGGGAAGUUGCGUGGCAAAGUGGAUCCAGUGUUAAUUGUAGGUUCUGGGCUUACCGCAGCUGAUGCAGUACUGUGUGCUUACAACAAUAAUGUCCCUGUGAUUCAUGUAUUUCGCAGACGAGUAACUGAUCCAGACUUAAUUUUCAAGCAGCUUCCCAAAAAGCUUUACCCAGAAUACCAUAAAGUCUAUCAUAUGAUGUGUACUCAGUCAUAUUCUUUAGACUCAAAUCUUUUAUCUGCUUAUACUAGUUUUCCUGAGCACCAUGUGCUUGCCUUUAAGUCGGACAUGAAAUGCAUUCUUCAGAGUAUCUCUGGACUGAAGAAAAUAUUUAAGCUCUCUGCAGCAGUAGUGUUGAUAGGCUCUCAUCCCAAUCUGUCUUUUCUGAAGGAGCAAGGGUGUUACCUGGGCCAUAACUCAAGCCUGCCAAUCACAUGUAAGGGUAAUCCUGUGGAAAUAGAUGCGUAUACCUAUGAGUGUGUUAAAGAAGCCAACCUUUUUGCAUUGGGUCCAUUGGUUGGAGACAAUUUUGUUCGAUUUUUAAAGGGAGGGGCACUGGGUGUUACACGCUGUUUAGCUAUAAGACAGAAGAAAAAAAAGCAUUUAUUCGUUGAAAGAGGAGGAGGAGAUGGCAUAGUGUAGAGCAGGUUUACAAGUAAUUUAUAUGGACACUUUACCAUUAAAGAUUUUUAAUAGAGAUUUUACAGUGUACUGGCUUGAAUUUUCUGAACUUGAAAUAACUAGGAGAGCCUCAAGUGAUAGUAACUAUUUUUUAAACUUAACUAGAAUUUUUGUCCUGAUUACAUUGUAAUGUUUCAAAGGUGUCAAUUGUCAAGACAAAUAGAAGCACUGCCAAUCUGAUAUACUUUAAGUUCUCACUUAACUGAAACAUUCUUUUCUUCUAAGACUUACUUUUUUGUGAUCACUGUUGAUUAUUUAUGUUUGAUUCCAAAAUAUAACAGCAUUGAAUCUAUAAAACCGCAGUCAUUAAAUGGCCAGAGCUUUCCCUCACUUUAUAUAUUGAGUUACUGUGCUGUUCAAGGAUGGUUCAGAGACAGCAUCACUCCACUUGUGGCUUGUUGGAAAGGUAGCGCCUCAGGCUGCAUAGCAGACUCACUGAAUCAGAAAUUGCAUCUUAAUGAGAUCCUCAAAUAUGUAUGCUUAUUAAAGUUUGAUACACACUGGUCUAACAGAAAAUGGGAUAUAAAUGUAUAUAUGCUGAGGGUGGGUGGAAAUGGGAUAAUCAACUCAGGUUUUAUUUAUUUUGAAAUUAUUAAUUGUAUAAGUCUAAUUUAUUGACAAAUAUGAUGGGAUUUAAAUUUUUUUUAUUGUUGAAACCUUGACAGGCAAUUCAUAUUCUCAGCUUCUAAUAAACCAUUCAAUAAUGUUGGCAUAUAUUCAGGAACCUGCCAAGGUAGUUUCUGGAGCUAUAUUCUCUAGUUAACUAGCAUAACCCUUAAACGAAUUUGCAUUUCAAUAAAUUUUGAAUGGAACUACUACUUA